AUGAAUAAUGACUUAGAAAGAUUCAUCUCAUUCACUGAAAGAGAAGGUUUUUUUAGCAGUCAAAUACUUAAAAGCAAUUUAUAUCCAGAAGAACUAUUUGGAUAUCAUGAAUUACUUGAAUUAUGUUGUUAUCAUGGAGCAGUUGAUUGUUUCAAAUUCUUAAGAACGAAAUUUAACUCAAAAAUCACUCAAAAAUGUCUAGAGUUUUCAUUUUUAGGAGGAAAUCCAGAGAUCAUGAGUGAAUGUCUCAAAUAUCAAAAACCAAAUGAAGAAUGCAUGAGAUAUGCAAUUAUUUCACAUAACAUUGAUUUUGUUACAUUCUUGAUGAAUGAACACAAUAUAAAGAUUGAAUUAAAUUAUUGUACACUAUACAAUAAUCUUGAAUCCUUUUUGGUUUAUUUCGAUCGGACUAAUGAUAUUAACAGAUGCUUUGUAUUUUCAAUUACUUUUAAUAUCCAAUCCCUUUUGGAAUAUUUAAUUUCACUUGGUGCGAAUGUCAAUAAUUAUGGUGCGUCCGCACUUCAUUCAGCAGUAACGAAAAAUAAUACAGAAGCUGCUGAAUUUCUUAUAACGCAUGGUGUGAAUAUCAACCAAAAAAAUUCUAAAGGAUAUACAGCUCUUCAAUGGGCAGUAUAG